AAACGAAAGCAAUUACGAACUGUGAGAAGCGAAAUUCCUCGCGCACAUGAGGUUAUUAAAACUAAAGGAUACUAUCCUGCCGUCAGAAGAAGAGGCUGACGCAACAAAGAACGAAGAAUACUACGCCGAGCUUAUACAGUGUUUGGAUGACACCAGUCUGUCAUUGAUAAUGAGGGAUGCUACCGACGAUGGUCGAAAGGCUUUACAAAUACACCGAGAUCAUUAUGCAAAUCAAGGAAAACCAAGAAUCAUCACACUCUACACUAGCUCAGCUAACGUCACUUGAAAAAGCACUUCACGAGACAGUCACGGAUUACUUAAUAAGAGCCGGGAAAACAAUAACAGCGCUUAAGAACGCCAAAGAAACGUUAAGCAAUGGGCUACUAAUUGCCAUGAUCUGAAAGGGGCUGCCUGAUUCAUAUAAACCAUUCUCGAUACAUGUGACCCAAAGUGCAAGUGAGAUAAAGUUCGCGAAGUUUCAGGAGCUUCGAAGAAACGGAAAAGCUCAACACCAAACCGAAAGUUGAUCAGGUAAUGAAAGCUGAGUUUCCUUUGCAAACAAUGACAUGUUAUGGCUGCGGGAAAAGAGGGCAUUUAGUCAGAAAGUGCCCUGCUAAGAGCGAGAAGAAGUGGUGUAACUAUCACAAAAGUACAACACACUCGGAUAGCACCUGCAGAAGUCACCAAGAGAGCAAAGACCAAGCCAAACAGGUGUCGGAGAAAGAAAACGCCUCUAAAGAUGAACAUUUAUUUGCAUUGUUAACGACGAAGCAACGGGGAAAAUCAAUCGAAUGGGAAUGUAGGUUGACACAGGUGCCACUUCUCACAUUGCUACUACUGAUAUUUUAAAGCAAAUAGACAUGCCUUUUAAACCAUCAAAACAUUACAUUGAACUGGCUGAUGGCACACGAGCCAGUAAUAUUGCAUUGAAACGAGGGGAUGCUGAAGUGUUUCUGAAAGAUACAAAUGGAAAAUGUGUGAAAACGGUGCUGAAAAACGCCUUAUAUAUACCAUCCUAUCCUCAAGAUAUUUUCUCAGUGAAGGCAGCCACAUCAAAUGGAGCCGAGCUUCGAUUUGCCCAAGAUACUGGUGAGCUAACUCUUGAAGAUGGUACCAUUGUUGAAAUUGAAGAAUAUGGACGGUUGUUCUGUUUGACUUCCAUAGGCAGUCAUGAGAACGAUAGCGUGAGGUAGAUAAAGUAAAUCUCUCAUAUGAUAUUAACACAUGGCAUGAAAUCCUAGGUCACUGCAAUUUUGAAGAUAUUAUAAAACUACAUGGGGUAGUUAAGGGCAUGAAAUUCUCAGGUAAAAUUGAAUCAUCUAAGUUAGGUUGUAAUACAUGUGUAGAAGGAAAAUUUGUAAACAGCAGGAGUAGGAUUCCUGAUGCAAGAUCUCAAAAAUCAUUGGAGAAAGGGCAUGUGGAUUUGGCAGGUCCAGUUUCUCCUGUAUCAAGAGAGGGGUUUAAGUACUGCAUUGCUUUUACUGACUAUUUCUCAGGAGCAGUAUUUGUUUAGUUUCUGAAAUGUAAAAGUGAUACCUUUGUAGCAACAGAGAAAUUUCUAGCAGACAUCACUCCAUAUGGCAAGGUAAGUUGCAUCCGUUCUGACAAUGGCUCAGAAUUUACAGAUAAGGCGUUUCAAACACUACUAAGAGAGCGUGGCAUAAAACAUGAAAGUUCUGCUCCCUACUCGCUACACCAGAAUGGCACCGCUGAAAGGCACUGGCGCACAUUGUUCGAAAUGGGCUGAUGUCUUCUUCUUCAAUCAGGGUUACCCCAAACUCUCUGGCCCUAUGCAAUUCAAACCGCAGCUCACAUUAGUAAUAGAUGUUUUAAUAAGAGAACAAAGACAACACCCUACUUUAGCCUUACUGGGAAAGUACCUGAUCUUUCUAAAAUGUGGAUAUUUGGAUCUGAAUGUUUUGCUUACGAACAGGAGCAUAAGAAAUUAGACUCAAGAUGCAGCAAGGGGGUAUUUGUGGGAUACGACAAAAAUAGCCCUUCAUACCUAGUGUACUACCCACAAAAUGGGAAAAUCAUGAAACAUCGACUCAUUAGAUUGAUCAAGAAAGGUAGUGUAGAACAGCACACACAAACUGAUGAGUCCAGCAGAGAUUGUGAUAUACAUGAGAAAUCUGACCAUGGUACUAGAUCAGACUUAGAUAGUAUGAGCCUCCCUGUCUCAAGUGCAAUGCCGCCAAAUACAGUGCCUGAUGAAGGAGCCUUGGGAUAGUGAGGGAAGGCAUUGCGAUCAUACUGAGAAUGACAGUGAGACAAAACGGUAUCUUCAAAGAGAAAGGAACCUUCCCAGAUACUUAGAAGAGGACACCCUCCUAGCUAAGAAUGCCGAUUGAGCCCACAUUAGUGUAGAUUACUGCUACAAAGUUUGUGGAUUACCACAAAAUUACACAGAAGCCAUGGGAUCACCUCAAGCUAGGGAGUGGGAGCAAGCAAUGAAGGAAGAGAUCAGUUCUCUGAAGGAGAAUGAUACUUACGAAUUAUCAACUUUACCAGAAGGUAAAGCUUCAGUAGGGGGGGAAUGGGUGUACACAACCAAACAAGAUCAGAAUGGCAUAGAGACCUUUAAGGCCAGAUAGGUAGCGAAGGGUUACAGCCAGGUAAAGGGUAUAAAUUAUCAAGAAACUUUCGCGCCCCGACAGCCAGUAUUACUUCAAUUAGGGUCUUAAUGCAGUUAGAAGUAAAACAUGAUCUUAUUGUCCACCAGAUGGGCGUUAAAACUGCAUAUUUGCAUGCCCCCAUUACCAAAGAGUUAUACAUAGACCAGCCACAAGGGUUUGAAGAGGUUUCAGAGAGUGGUGAGAGGUUAGUAUAUAGGCUAAAGAAAUCGCUAUAUGGUCUAAAACAAUCAGGUAGAAAUUGGAACAUAUUGUUACACGAGCAUUUAGCAAAUGACGGUUUUGUCAGAAACCAUGCUGAUCACUGUGCACGUGUAUAUAAGAAACAAGUUGAUGAUAAAAUUGUUAUCGUCAUUGUUUGGGUUGAUGACCUAUUUAUAGCUUCAGAUAGUAUGUAGUUAAUGGAAGAAUUUAAAGAAAGUAUGAAGACACAAUUUAAUGAAAGAUCUAGGUAGAAUCACUUUCUUCCUUGGAAUGGAUUUUAAGCAAAACAAGGGUGAAAUAAAAAUGAAUCAGAAAAGAUUCAUUCUUAAAAUACUAGAGAGAUUUGGAAUGAUAGACUGCAAGCCCAGGUUAACCCCAUGUGAGCAACGAUUAGAAUUUAACUGUAGUGAAUUGACCAACGCCAGACAGUAUAGAGAAAUGAUAGGAAGCCUAAUUUAUGCCAUGACCUGUACAAGGCCUGAUUUAAGUUGGAUUGUAAGCAGACUGUCUCAAACUCUGUCAAACCCCAGAACGGGAGAUUUAAUUGCUGCCAAACAUGUCCUAAGGUAUCUAAAGGGUACCGUUUAUUAUGAACUCUGCUUUAAGAAAUCUGAUGCUGACUUGCAGCUCACUGCUUAUAGUGAUUCAGAUUGGGCCUCUUGCCUGGAAGACAGGCGAAGUACUACAGGUUACUAUUGUACUCUAACUGAAGGAGGACCACUGAUUUCAUGGAAGUCGAGAAAGCAACCAAUGGUUGCCAUUUCCACUUGCGAAGCUGAAUAUGUAGCUUUAGCAAAUACAGCUCAAGAGUGUUUGUAUCUAACUCAAUUGUUAAACGGUAUGUAUAAGGAAGUACAUCAGAGUAUGAUGGUAAGUGUUGAUAACCAAGGGGCAAUUGCACUAAGUAAGAACCCAGUUAACAGACAACGUUCUAAGCAUAUUGACAUAAAGUAACACUUUGUACGUGAAAUGUAUGUUAAAGGCAUGAUAGAUAUUGUAUAUUGUCCUACCCAAGAUAUGGCAGCUGAUAUAGUAACAAAGCCACCCACAAAAUGUAAACUAGAUAAUUUUAAAAGUAUUGUGUUCGGUUGUUGUAAUUAGUUUAUAUUCUGAUAACAAGUGAGGGUGUUGAGUUCAAUAUAAAACUGUAUGUUAUCCAAAUAUUAGUAUGACGUAAUACUGAGAGACAAAUGCAUGAUGGGAUUGUUGUGUUGUUAGUUGACCGUCCUCGUGAAGGUAACUUAGUACAAAACUACAUUUGUAAUAAACGUGAAAAUAAAGAGUGAUUUCAUUACAAAUACGGUGUUCUAAAGUCAUGGCUUCAACAAGGACCCCUUUCCAAAAUAUGCUUGAAAAAAGUUAAUGGUGCCCUUAAAGGCAGUUUUCCACUACUAAGGCAGAAUUUUUCGCGCGGAGCGGAAUUUCUCUUUGUCUUGUGAUUUCUCGGGUCAGCGAAACUAAUUACAAAAAGGAGAAACUCGGCUCGAAAACAUUCCGCCUAGUGGAAAACGGCCUUAAAGCCAGUUUACCACGAGGCGGAAUUUUGCGCGCGGAGCGGAAUUUUUUUGGUCUUUAAUUAAUUAUAAUUAGUUCCACACAAUAAAUCACAAGGUUCAAAUUCCGCUCCGCACGCAAAAUUCCGCACAGUGGAAAACCGCCUAAGUUAUAAUUGUGCAUAAUACGGGAUUAAUAGGGCGUAUAUUCCAGGCAAUCUGACGGAAAUUUCCAUUAGUUACUAAUCUUUCAACUUUCCAGGGUCAAGCAAUCCAGUGGCGCUUGCGAUCAGUGUAAUUGUUCCAAAUUUCUAUGACGUCACUAAUUAGGACGCAAUUAGGCGAAUAAAAUGAACAUGCAACCAAAACUACGGAGUCUACAGGAUUUGGCAUAUCUUGAAUAGACAAGUGGAUAUAUUUUAUCCCCAAAAAUGCAGCGUUAUUUGGCAUUCGUUGGUAUAGUUUUGCUGGUAUUAGCAUUACCACAGGUGUACUGCAGUUAUGAAAGUUUGUCAUACAUUAUUCGACCACUGAAUGCGACGGACACCUGCCUCAAUGUUACGACCCAUCCGUCUUUAUUUGAGGACUGUCCUCUACCACCGUUCCCUAUUGUUGAUGAGGAUUAUUCGGAGGCACAGAAACAGGUAUAAGCCUUGGUUCAUCCAUAUAUCAAACAUAUUCAUACAAAAAUUUGAGGAACGAAUAUAAUAGACAUUUUGUGAGUAUAUUUGAAAAAUGUGCCAAAUAUCACUCGCCUCGUUAUUUAUUUUAUACCUGUCAAAAUUAUAGCUAUCUCUCUACCCCCCCUCCGUGUUAAUGUCACGUAAAUGCAGAGAAAGAUGUAUACUUAAUUUUGACACAUUUGGCAGUUGCGGAAAGCUUGAAACAUUAAUGUUCAAGCGAGUACAGCAAUACGCGCCUUUUAGAGUAAUUUCUGGCAAUAAUUUUCGUGGUCGUAAAAUUAUGAAUAAUCUUUCUUUCUCCGUCUCUUUUUUAUUUCAACAUGGAUGAAAGCUAGGGCUCAGAAAAUAAAACUUUCACGUUGUUUAUUUAAAUUUAGUGUGUAAAAUUUCUGCACUAAAUGCGCUCGGUCUCUGAAUCUUUAACCAAUCAGAAUCGAGUAAAUGGACUAAAAUGAUAUUAGGAUGAAAAUUGCAUGUAUCAGUGACAAGAGUAACAUCAAUAACAUUAUAUUCACGUGAGUAUACAGGGUGUAUCAAAAAAAGGGAAAUCCUCGAUUGAAAUGUAAAUUGCUAAACAAAUAAUAGACGAAAACGUUUAAGUUUACAUUCAUGUUAAAGCGUAGCCACUCAGCUUUCUAACAGUGGGUAGUUUCGUAAAUUUGACUCAUUGGUUCGCGGGUAAUAAUACUUUACGUUAUUGCGAUUGGAGAUUAAAAAAAUUGAGAUGCAAUAACAAAUCGUUCUCAUGAAAAUAACUGAUUUUUUCAUUAAAACAAAAAAAUGUUGCAUUUUAUUAAAUGGAUUGUAACAAUAAGUAUAAUUACGGCUUUUUUUCCACUAUUUUUAACUCAGUUUGAAACUUCAAAUGCGAUAUAAUUUUGGCUUGGACCAUCUAACCUGACUGACAUCAACUUGCUAUAAUUUCUGUUUACAUUACAUCGCAAUUCGAUGACACUCUGGCUCAGACACCAGAAUGUUUUGACGAUUUUUAGCAUUCGUUUAGAAUUUUCAAACAACCUGGUCUCUUUUAAAAUACUUUUAAUUUGUUCUUACGUGGUUUUCCAGAUGUAGUGACGACAACAUUAAAGUUUAAAGAAGAAAAUUCUAACAUUUAAACCGACUAAACAAUAACAUAGUAAACUUCCAUAAUUAAACAGCAACUAAAAAUGGUAGGUUUUACUAAAUCUUUUCCUGUGCAAUUAUUACUAGCAUUGGAGACAAGGAUAAUAGUUUGUUUGAAAGAGAAAAGAACAGGCUUUGAAGUAAGCCUAAAAGCGUUUAACUAGAAACAGUAUUUCGAAAGUUAUUAAGCACAAAAGAUGAAUUGCGUUUAUUUUGAUACACCCUGUAUAACAUCCGAAAACACACACAAAAAAUAACAUGAUCAUAGAACACAUUGGUGUCGAGGGUUCCGAAAUACGCUCGAACUGACUUGGCCUUGAUGUACACUCAGAGUAACAUAAAAAACAUUAGCAGAACUCGUCUAGCAGAAGGCAAAAUUUAUGCAUGCAUGCAUGAUACAUAACUUUAUUAUUAGCAUGACAAAAUUACUGGAUGCUGAUUGCUUGAGAGGAGUACAAUUGUUUUAUUAAUUGUACUGCAGUACAAUUAAUGAUUUUCCCACAACAAACAAAAUGGUGGAAAGGUAUUUUAAAAAAAAGCGUGAAAUGAAAUCGCCCUAGAGGAACUAGAUGAAAAUACAUGAAAACUCUCGCUUGGCAACUUUUAUCAACUCUUGUCGCUCGAAAAGGCCUUCAUUCGACACGUCGAAGUUCUAUUUAAUUUUUCCGAUAGUUUCAUCCUGUAAUUCGGAGUGGAAAACUGCCUAUAAACUAGCCUGCAUGGCAGGCGGUCUAAAAUACCGCCUGCUGGGUUUGGCAGUGUAAUUUGAUAACCGCCCACUUUUUUGUCCGAGUCCAAUUAGCCAAUCAGCAAACACUAAAUAUAUUUAUAAUCAAACUGUCAAACUAUGUUGUUGUUUGGUCGCAAAAUUGCAAAUGUAUAAAAUAUGUCGACAAGAGGUAGAAAAGCAAGCGCGUAAAUGACUUGUCGUUUGUUUAAGUGUGCUUUGAAAUUAAAAUACGGGGCAAUACGCCAAUAGAGAAAAUAUCUUAUAUUCUUAUAUAUCGUUGGAGAAAUUAUUUAUUUAAGGCAAGCAAAAGAAACGUUACGACAGUGGUAAUACCUUGGCCGAAAUAAGCCGAAUUGCCGGUUCAGUUCAUUUAGGAAUCGAAGUUAAUUCUACCUCGGAACUAUCCGACCAAGUUUGUAAACCGUGUGAGCGAAAUAUCCGAAAUGCAAGCGAACUGAUUGCCAUAAUCAAACGAGACAUAAACGCGUUGCUUGUGUACGUUCGAACAAAUAGACAGUUGUAUAUUAAAAACCUCAGUUGCCAAUAUGAACUGUCUUGUCUCCCUAACGAAGCCGUGUGGUAACGAAAGCCUUAAAAAGUUCAGAAAGUGAAGCGGCUAUUAAUAGGCAUAGGCGUAAUACUCCUGUUAUAAAACCCGUUGCAAGAAAGACUAUACGGCCGUCUGUAUCUAUUCUCGUUAUAUUUUCUCGCGCCAACAAGAACGAUGUAAAAAUCAAGCUUUACCCAUAGAAUGGCCAAAACAUUCUUUCCAAGGAGUAAAUCGUUAACUGCUAUCUCUUGCUCGCGUUUGACGAUCAGUUCGCGUUUCGACUUUCGAGAAGCGUUCAGUUUUACCAUAGUUAUUUUACAACACCUAUUAAUUAAAGCGAACGCAUGCAUCAUUAAAGUGCCAAACGUAUGUUUACAUAUUAAAGUGCAUUCACUUUUGAGUGACAGCGGCUCAGACUCGCAGCCAAUCAUCAAUUCCCGUCCACUGGUGGACGGGGAAUUCGAUUACACUGCCAAACCCAGCAGGCGGUAUUUCCCAGGCUUGCCCAAUUUUAGGAACCGCCUGCCAUGCAGGCUACCUAUAAACUGGCUGGAGUGGAAAACUGGCUAUAAACUAGAGUUAUAAAACUCGAACGGUCUGUGCCAGCGUAUAUAGGAGUGACAAUAACACUAGAAAGCUGCGAUCCACAGCUUUCUGGUGUAAACUAGGGUGUAUACUCGGAAACUGCGUAUCUCCUGUCAAACACGAGCGAGAGUUGCAACUCUCAUCCUCGUUUGACCGAGGGUCGAGGCUUUAUGUUUUCAUGAGUUCUUUCAAUGCAUGUAAUAAUUGCGCUCAUUGAAAUUUCCCAAAGAAUAUCCUAGCUUUUUCCGAACUAUCUUUUGAGAGCGUCAAGUUUCAGAUAGUAUACUUCUGGAAUCCCUUAUGAUAGAUGGUAACUCCUAGUCUAACGUUUGUUCGUUUUGUAUUCUUAAACUGGUGUCCAUUCUGCAAUAAUAUUAAUGUCUUUUAGACGCAAGUUAUGCAAAACUAAAUCUCACUUUAUCAGCACUAUAGGCCUUAAAUUAGCUAACGCGUGUCUAUGCCCGUUUCCAUCCAAUUUACUAACAUAUAUAAUUUAAAUGUUUCCUCCGUUCCAUGCUUAUAUAAUCGCCAGGGGUAACUAGGUAACUAUGUGAAAUGGUAGUGAAGAAAGGCCUCUUUUAACAUAUAGCCUGGGGACAUUUCUCCCCACCCCCCUCCCCCCGAAGCCCCUGUCCACCCAGUGCAAGGUCCUUAAGAACUACUAGCAGUAUAGGUGGUCAACCAGCAAUUAUAUAUCAAAGUGAAAAAAUGAUGUUAAGUUGUUAACAUUCCUGAAUUUGAUCAUGACCAUCAUCUACAGGCCCGUAACUAGCUAUGAGCUAGUCAACCGAGUCAGUUAACUCGAUAGGUGACUGAAAUUUAAUUAAACAACUCCAAAAACAUAAACCAUGGUUGAAAUAAUGUGCUCGUGGAAAAGGCAUGAGAUGGCAUUUUAGGACGAAAUUCUAAUUUAGUUUUUCCAAGUGAAGAUGCUCCAAUGAGACCACCCUGUCUUGCUCAUCAUGCAGUGACACUGAGAAGAAGAAUGCGUCGAUGUCAUGCAUUCCAAUACAUGCAAUACAGUACUGUAGAAUUUGAAGUGUGGUACCGUAUCAUCACAUCGUGUUGCCUUAUUAGGACUGGAUUACAUUUGGGAGACUGUAAAAUUGCAGUAAUUGUGUCACUGUUUGUAUCUAGGUUAAUUUGCUGUUGGAACACUCCUUAAAAUGCUGGAAUUUAAAUAGCUUAUCUGAGCUUCAAGGAUUCCAAUAUUUUCUGGGGGGAUGCACACCACCCUCCAGAUGGCUCGCAUCUUCGGUGCACGACUCAGAAUCCUAGUUAAUCAUGCAUAAAUGCUGGUAGCUUCAGUAAUACAGAUUUGUCCCCCGCGAAAUAAGCACCUCACACAGUAUCGGUUUAUCGCCCAUAUAAACUGCUCCGUGAUGGAUCACUAAUGCAAUCUAAUGCGAUGUGUACAUUUUUUUCUCGUAACAGAUCCCAAACCUAGCAAAAGCCAAGCUCGCAUUGACACCAGUUUGCUAUGACAAGGUAUUAAAAACAAUGUGCAUUAUGUCUGUUCAAAUAUGCACGGCUGACAGAUAUUCUGUGGGAAUGUUCGGUUAUGAUGUUUGCAUGGAAUACGUGACUUGUGGCGUGGCUGCUAUUGGCGAAACCUUGGCAAAAGUAAUGUGUGAAUUUCUGAGCAAGCUCUAUACCACUACAAUCUAUGAUGGAACCGACCCACCAACUUAUUAUGUAGCUGGAAAACCAAGAGAUGAAACUGCAAGCGCAACUUCUGCAUUAUACACAUCUUUGGUGCCUCGAAUUAUUAUGAUUGCAUUGGUUUUACAGCAUUUUGCGAAGCAUAUAUGA